AUAAUAUUAUGAGGAUUGUUUUGUUCCCCGCGCGUUGAAAAGCAGUGGUGCGGUCCGAUAGUAUUGAAGGCAAAGCUGUAAACGGUUUGUUUUCACCGUGAGGAGGAAGGAGCGCUGCUCGUGUUCGCCGCUGCUGCACCAGUUUGUUUUUAAAAAACAAAAAAAAAACAACGGUUGUAACAUUUGUUUUAUAUCUGGUUGGUUUUUCUAACAGCAGCUUUCUUUAGCUCGCCAUGGCUCUGUGCGGGGGUGUCGGAGCCAUGGCUUUACCAAGCGAGCUUAUCGUCCACAUAUUCUCCUUUCUGUCCGACCGAGACAAGCUCCGGGCCUCGGCCGUGUGUUCACGAUGGAGGGAGUGUCUCUUCUACCCCGCGUUGUGGACGGAGCUUAAACUGCGAAUAGGUGGCGGUGGUGGUAGUGGUGGUUGUAACGGCGGCUCCAGCUCCGAGGAGACCCCGAGACUGGAGUUCCUCAUGCGGAAGUUCGGUUCCUUCGUGCGGGAGCUGCAGCUGGAGCUCGCACCGGUGGAAGGCUACCUUAGUCCCCUGAACAGCGAGCAGUCGUCGGCCAGGAUGGAGCAGCCUCCCGGUCCCGAUAACGACCCGCAGCUUUCCGAGCGAUGGAGGGACGCCAUGGCCACCUACUUGGACCAGGUGUUGUGUGUGUUCAGCAGCAUCCGCAACAACAGAAACCUGCAGAAGCUGAGUCUGUAUGGAGACACUUGUAUUCUCCAACAGGAGGGACUGUUGGACAGCUCCAACCUGCACCAAAUUCACCAAGGAGACAAAAAGAUCAACGAAAUCCAACAGUUGUUCAUGGAGUUGUUGUCCAACGGCAGGCAGCUGAGGUGGUUGUCCUGUAGCUUCAUGCUGGGUCUGGUGACUCCCUGCUCUUUAGCCUGCCUGUCAAAUCCUUCAGCUGAGACCCUGCAGCACCUCAGUUUACUGGACCAUCAGCUCGGUCCCCUCAUCUCACCAUCAGAGUUGGAUCGUCUGUCUAAUCUUCAUUCUCUGGCUCUGGAUUUCUCUGAUUUGACAUCUGAGCUUUGUGGCCUGCUGGCAUCUCCACGCCGAACUCCACUGCAUCGCCUGUCACUGCUGCUCAACGGCGCCGCCCUGGAGUUCAAACCAUUAGAAGGGACAGCUACAGAGGAUGACUGGAAGGCACUGGUUCGUGUGAGUGCCAACCUGCGAGUGUACAUCAUGGCCCUGGAGGUGGACAGCUCAGAGCUCCUCAGGGUCCUAAAGCCAAGCCUUCCUCUGGAGCGCCUCCACCUCGACAGUUACAAUACACUGGUGUCUGACGCUACAUUGGAGCUCAUCUCUCAGCAGUACAACAAAACGCUGACUCACUUCCUGCUCCUGAGGGAUGACCCCGACUUUCCUGACCUCAGCGUCAAUCGGAACGAAGACCCGUUGGUCCUCUUGGCAUGGCGAUGCACUCAGCUGGCUGUACUGGUGAUACACGGUUACACUGUAUGGUCCCAUAACUUGGUGGCCAUCUCUCGGCUGCGAGGCUCCAGUCUUCGCGUCCUGACCGUCUCCGAGGAGAGCAUCGACUUCGAUCCGGACCAGUCCAUGUGCAUGGAGGGUGACCCGGUCCAUAACCUGGUCAAGGAGGUUUCUCUGGGCCUCGGCCGUGUGUGGCACCCUUGCCUGGAUUCCAGCCUGGUCUUGUCCGAACCUACCCAGCACUUCCACCGUGAGCUGCACGCCUUCAGCAUGGGCAUGUAGGCAGGGAUGUCAAAUCCAACGCAUCACAGCUUAAACUGUGUCAAGACCAGGCCAGACCAACUAAGUCCAAGUCAUCUUGUACCAGGGCAAAAGCUGGCAUAAAACAAUCUAUAAAUUACAUUAUGUGAGCUGAUUGUUUUUAUUUUACUUUUAUUUUUUGCGUUUCUUUCACAGGGAUUUUAGCACACAGUGAAGGCCUACCAUUUUCCAAAUGAUUCCCUGUUUUCUAGCUUUGCCUCUUUGAUUAUCUAGUUAGCCAGUGAUGUUGGAAAACCGCUUCAAUCUUUUGAUGUUUUAAAUACAAUACAGUCCAAUUACGAAGACUCAUUUAAAACUGGAUAAUGUAAUGAAACUUUGAUCAAUCAGUUUGAAAUGAUGCCAAUCUGUGAUCUCUGACCACAGACAAGACUUGAGGCAUGAGCAGUUUUAAUUUGUCUGUUCAAGCUCGUCAUUCUGCGGCUUCAAAUGUCCUCUGGUCUGACAUGGCCUGGUCUCGUCUGGUCUUGAUCAACAAGUAUUCAGAGCUCGAUGUCUCUCCUUCACCAUAAUAACCUCCAGGGCCUCUUUAUGAUGUAACUUUGAUUUUGUUUUUUUUGUUUUUUUCUUUUUUUCUUUGACUCUCCCUGCUCUGUGUAUAACCUUGUUUUUUUUUCCUGUGUGGUGGUUCCCUUGCCUGUAUAGGCUUUGUGUGUAUUUAAAUACAGAUAUAUUAUUAUCCUGCUCACUGCUAGAACAGGACAGGCAGGCGGGUUGAGUGAUGGACCGUUGGGAUUUAGGUGGGGGGAAUGUGUGUUCCGACAAAAGCUACUAGCUUUAGUUGUGAAAGUAUUUUUCUUUUCUUUCUUUUCAAACCUUUGCUCUCUGUCUGUCUGCUCCACACUAGCAGCAAAAGUUGGAGUUUGUAAACUAACCGAUCAAUCACUUCCUCGGUAACACAACCUUCGCUGCUUCUGCUGUUGCUCUGAAAGAGCUCCCUGUGCACUUGUCCACUAUUUCCUGAAUUGCCACUGUGAUGUGGCUGACCGUGGCAGGUGCUCAUCAAUUUUUGUCAGUGCUAUGUGAUUUAUGACCAUCGUAAAGUGAGUGGCAUUUCAAAGCCGAAUGGUUUUUAUUGAGGAUUUCGAGGACCUUACUGACGGCGUUAUGGAGAAUAUUGUUACGUGCUUGCAGCAUACACGCUUCCCACCCCGUUCACUUUUCGGGAAAGGACACUAGUCGAUUUUUUUAAAGAGGGAGCCUCGUCUUCCGACUGACAUUCAGAGCCAAACUAUAGGACUCAGCCCGUCACAAUACAACGCACCCUACCCUGUUCUGUUUUGAUCUGUAGUGAGCUGGUUGCAUAUAUAUAUUAAGGCUGAAUAUAGCUGCCUUAGCUCUCCUCUAGAUGUCAAGACUUUCUGACUAGUUUCACCGGUUACAGAGCCCUAUUUUGUAUGAAAAUGUCAAGUCAUCAAGUCAAAGAAAAGAACAGGAGUGUGCGUCACGAUAUGAAGGGCUCUGACAUUUAAAAAAAAUCUUCAAAUAGUUGUGCAUUAUUCUAAAGAGAAAAUAGAUUUUCAUUCCACAAUGCCACAUAUAUGUAUAAAUAACCGUGAUAUGAGAAAUCUCUGUGACUACUUCCAAACUCAUGGUGAGGCCAUGCUAAAACAACACCAGUAUUCUGUAGGCGCAGCUUCCUAAGGUUUCGCAGUUUUGUAGGCAGCAACUAGUUUUUCUCAGUCGCGGAUUGAGAAAACUUUUCACGAACAAGAACAGGGAAAAGGAUGUACUGAAUGUACUUAACUCUCAUUCUGUCAUUGUCUUGGCCAGUCAGGUUUUUGUUCCCUGUUGAAGGCUUACUGUAUAACUACAUUCGCUGCAGAAAAUCGGCCACGGCUGCUGACUGAAAUGAGUUCAGACUUUGUAGGUUCCCACGGACGGCCAAGGCUGGUUAUAAUUUCCGGGAAGUGGGCACCUACCGCACAACAAAGGUUUUGGGUCACGUGCCGUAUUUCUGUGGGCGAAAAAUUCUUCUGUCAGUCUCAGGUAGGCUUUUAACAUCACUAUGACCAGGACAGUUGUGGUGGUGGUGAUGUCGAGGAGGGUGUGUGAAACAAUCAGUUGGUGUGAGAUAUUGUCUUUUUGUGUAUAUGUGUGUAUGUGUGUGUGUUUGUUUUUUAAUUUCCUCUUGAGUCACAGUUGCCUUGGAAACAGCCCCUUGUUUUCUGGAUACAGUUGUUGUUGUUGUAGUUGUUGUUAAUGAUGUUGUUUAUCUUGCCAUCUGAUGAAACCCUCACUCCACCUUUUGUUGGGGGGUUCAGCAAACCUAAUCAUACAUUUGUUUUCAAAGAUUAAGGUUGGUAAGGACUAAAGAAUGGCAAAGUCGAUCUGCUCAUUGCACAUCCAGUAGAUGUGGGGGACAGAGAGUGGCUGUGGAGUGGAAUCCAUGCUGUCGAUAGGAGGACCUGCUGGGCCCAAUUAAUGUCUGAGCUGAAUGUAGUCUGUUUCCUGCGGUGAAAUGACUUCUGUCUGGCACAGUGGUUCUUGUCUGGCUGUGCGACUGGCUUUCAUUAUCUAGAGUGAAGGCAUUACUUUGAUUGAAUCACAAGUCACUUUUUCAUCGCCUGAUUCUGACUUUGCAAUAUCACAGAGGGAAUGCUUUCGCCCUAAUAAAUGAAAUGAAUGUUAUUCAGGCUCCGUGGACGUACAAGCAUGCCAUGUUCAGGCCUCAAGCCAGGCAUUGCCGACCAAACGUCUUGUGCUCCACACAAACCAAGCCUGGGCUGAGUGUGACCCGGGCCAAGUGUGGUUAUAUCUGAUGCUCCAGCGUUGUGGCUGCUGUUGUACGCUGUUGUCUUACUAAGUCAUUUCCUGAGCUGAGCUAGAUAGAAGAAAUUGUCAACUAGCUGUCGUUUGGAAAAGCUGCCCACCCAAAUGGCUUCAGCUCAGUUACUGUUGUGCACACCAUGGCACUUUAAAAGGUCGGGGCAAAUGAUAUUGCAGACUGUGAAGGUUCAUAUCAAGGUCUGUAGUUUACAAGGUUGACCUGCAUUUCUUUUCCCCUCACGGACUGAUAUGGAACCAGAGUCAUACAGUGUGUCAGCACUUUGCUUGGUUCUAGAUAAACUGGUCCUAAUGCUGGGCCUGUGGUUACCAAAUGUCUGCUCAUCUGUUAAAGGGACCCUGAUGGUUUGGCCAUGAUAAUCUCUCUAGUCCUUGGUCCCUAUCUCAGGAUAAAUGCACACUGGUACCAAGAGUUUCUUUUUAAAGGCUGCCUGCGGCUGUUCACAGAGCUGUACACUCACACACUCGGAGGGGAUAGCAAUACCAACGUGACACAUUCAGACCAAAAUAUGUUGGUUUUUAUCUUAUCUUCCUCCUUCUUCUUUUUUUCCGCUCAUCAUGUUUUGUUUUUUUAAGAGCUCGACUUUGCUGCUUUUACGUUUAAGACGUUUGUAUUGUGACGAGGCAUCGCCUGAUAAUGAGGGGGAAAUCACAGCAAUCUACACCAGAAUGUAACUUCAAACUUUCAAACUAGAUCAUCUGAGGUUUUUUUUUUUUUUUAACAAACAAAGUGAUUUUUAAAAAAAGCCAAUUUUACAAACUCGCUCACCAUGUGUGCUUCCUCCUUCAUUUCCCCACAGGUUAUUGGCUUCACACUAAAAUUCAGAUCUCGCUGUUUGGCCAGUCCGACUUGGCCCUCGUGGCAAAAUUUCUGCCCAGAAUAAAAAGGAAUGAAAGGAGGGACUGUGGGUUUUUUUUCCCAGAUUCAUGAUAAAAAAAAAAAUUCAUUCAACUAUAAUAACUCAUAUUUGGAAAUUGCUCUCCCCUCGUUAUUGGCUCUGUGUCGUUUUUCACUGUUGCUGUGAUUGUUAGUUCACUCUUUAGGCGGCAUUAGGAGCUUCAGUAGCUAGGAUUUCAGCACAUGCGUGUUUUAAUUUGUCUUGCUUGUAUUUUCUGCGCAAGUUUUCAAAAGUGUAUCUAGUAGAAAAUGUGUGAAUAAGAUGGUAUGAGUGUGUGUGGACAAGUUGUCAGCAGUGCAGCCAUCAUAUGUUUUCUGUGUAUGUGUGUGUAUUUAAGCGGGGGUUCUCAUAUUCAGCAGUGUAGUCUUAUCACUUCUACUGCAGCAGGAAACAGGAACAGAAAUCGUUCGUUCUCAGGGUACAAUCGGAGGGAAAGUUACAAUAGCUCAGGCUUCUAGUUCACUCAUUUGAGUAAUAGGAGUCACUGGAUCUGUUCUCCUUCCCUUGAUGUGUUUUAAGCUGCCAAAGACCACAGUGGAACAAACUAAACCCAGACACAAGUCUAUCUGAAGUGCCCAUGUACGCACACGCUGGCGGGAGGCUGGUCCAGUAUUCUUCUCUACUCCACACCUCCUUCCAGUACUUUCCAUUCUGACAUUUCUGUCUUUUUUCCUCACUUGUUCCACUCCACUCUCGGUUUCUUCCGGCUGACUACUACCGUUCUGUUUGUUGCGUGUGUGUGUCCAAACUCUGCCCGUGUCGUACAGUGCAGAAGCAGAUGAAAUGUCAGCAGUGUCGACGGUAAAAGAGACCAAAGCAGAACUCCGUGCAGAGAUUUGGCAAAUGUCGUGCUAGGGUUCCAAACUAGCUGUACAGAAAGAAGGCGUACUUAUAUCCAACAUAUGUUACCCGAUAAGGAUAAGCGGCAUUGGUGCACAACUUGUACAGUGUGGCCAAAUUCCUAUCUGUGAAUGGCACUCAGGGUUUGACGCUGCAUGUUGCCGGGACAUCAUAGAGGCCUUUCGAGUCGAGUGCAGUGUGACAGAGGCUUAAGAAAAAAGCCUUAAGCCUGGAGUUGGACCAUGUCAACAAUAUUUGCUUACCACCGUAUUCCUCACCCUCUCUCUUUCUCUAUCUCUGUCUGCCUCCCUUUUUUCCACCACCUGUUUCACUGUGAGAAGUGAGUGAAUGUAAAAAAAAAAAACAACAACAACAACCUAAAGGCGAGGAGGACGAGGAGGGUCAGGUUCAACCUCAGAACACAUCUGGGACUAAACACUCCCUCUGAUGCUUCCAGAAGCUACUUUCUGACAGAUUGUAGCCUUACCCAGCUAGGAUAAAGGCCAGUGUGUCUGAUCUGACACGUCGUAUGCCAAGCCUGUGGCCAAGGUCAGAUCUGGUGGGGAAGUGUUUAGUCCACCGGGCUUUUGGAGCUGUAAAGUGAUUCGCUGCUAGAGAUCUGCUCGGAACAGGACAUUCCACGUGGUGGGUCGCUCAGGCCAUCUGAUUAGCAUAACAGUUUACUACAUGGCUAACGUGUCUGCAUGGAAAAUUAUACUAUAUAAAUAUAUACUAUAUUUUUUUUACUUUGAAUGAGUCUGCCGGUUUUUUCGAAGGGCAUGGGGGGGGGGGGUGAAGAUUCCGCACGACUAGUCGCACCAGAUUACCAGCUGGUCUGAGCAGAGCGCAGGUGUGAUACCAUUUAGAAGUGGUCGUUUUUAAAAGUGCAUUUAACGUGUGUUACUGCGAUGCCAAUGCUUUGCUUUCACUUGAUGCUUCAGCAUCCCGGGGGGGGCCAUUUCUGGACCUUGUUUUUGUGUCCGGUACACUAAAGGUCAUACGUGAAAGCAACACACACACCGACCGUGCUAAAACGUAAGGACUAGCUACCAUGUCCAUGAAAAGAGUUGGUGUCACCGAUUGAAUCAAUCUGCCAGGUUAGAGAACAUCGAAAUACGUAAAGAGGAAGUUGGUCUGCAAAUUUAGUACACACAACUGGAGUCUGGGCUGGACUUGUUUAUACACCAUAUGCAGACAGAGGUUUGUGUAUUCCUCUACUAUACUGUGUAUACACAGAAAGACUGAUUUGACACACAGCUAGCAGAGCCAUAUUCUUAAUGAGUUCUGCCGUUAAAUGACAGCUUUGAAGGCUCCAGAGGGAAGAUGUGGUGUCAGUUAUUCAGGAGACCAUCACCCGCAGUUACUGUACAUCAAUGUGGUCGCAGCGGUCUGACCUGUUUAUGUUGUGUUUUUGGUUUCUGUGCUCGUUAUAUGCAUUCAUGGGGUAAUCCUGUAAGAUAACUAGGCCUCCUCUGUGGCCUGAUGGGUAUUUGAAUCCACAGAGCUGACACAGUUGUCAUUGACAUAUUAUUAAAACUGUUUGUAAUCACAGAUUACAGACACACCUGUCCUACCAGACUCGCAUACAAAGAGUCACGUUUCAAAGUUCUUCACUAAUUCUUAUAAUAGCCAAUAUUUAUACCAAUUUACAUGGACUGAAGUGUGAGCGUGUGUUAUUUUAGUACCAAAGCAGCAGACUGUGUCAGAUCUGCAUCAGACACCGGUUUCAUUUCCACUUUGAGCGUUGCUCAGACUCGGAUGCCAGCUUGAGUUUGUAACGUGGACUCACAGGAUGUUUGCAAUGUUUUGGAAAGUUUCCUCAAACUAGCUGUAGAAAAGAUUCUGGGCCUAAAAUAAAAACUCCUUUUUAAAGAGAAUCAGUAAAGGUGACACGUUCCUGAAGGGAUUACCAUAAAAAGACAGGGUUUCCUCGUCGCAAUGUGAGAUUUCAGAUGCUUCCUCUUUGUUUUUGUUUUGUUUUUUUUAUCUAAAUGCUGAGACCAUAGACUACUACCAGUACAUGCAAGACCUCUGAAUGGGCUCACAUAAGGCUGGACUCAUGCAGGACUGUGAAGAAUCCGAAUAACAUCCUGAUGUAUGUUUCUGUUACUGGGGAAAAAAACACUGGAUGUGCAUUGCACUGGUAUAAAAUCAGUCCUGCGUAACAGAUCUAGGUAGACGUGUAGAAAUGAUCUGGGUGAAGGGAGAGGUUCACACAGAGUAAGGCCAUUAGCAGUUAGCCACACUGAGAGCCACCAGUUUUUAACUUCAGCCAUCAGCUGACACUAAAACUGUUUUUUUUCCAGCCAGCUUAUGAUGAUGAUCCCAGCAUAACAGUGAUGUGUAUAUAUACUUGCCACACUGUAUUUCUAGAGAAGAAACAACAAAAUGGCACUCAUAGCAUAACCUGGCCAAACUCUGUCAGUUGCUCUGGUAGGUAAACCUAGAUGAUGUCGGUGUGUCGCGCCUUGGCUAUAUCAAGGAACUGAUAGAUAUUCAUGCUCAGUGUCGGCCAACUAUCUUCAUUUAGAUCUCAGCUACUGCGGCUCUGAUGUUCCUGGCUGCUAAACAAAGUCUUUCUUGUCAAGUCUGGAGAGCCAAAGCUCCUAAUUAGCCAGGCAGGCAGGCCUGCUGCCCAGUCCAGCCUCACAACUAUGCAAGAGGAAUGCAUAUAAUCCACGCUCGUCUCUCUCUUUUUUUUUUUUCUUCUUCUUCUGUUUUUAUAUUUUCUUUUCCUCACUGUCACGCAGUAGAAAUGAAGACGUAUAAAACUAAUAAGAACUUGCAAUGACAAUACUUGGCCUUAUGAUAAUUUAUGAAAUCUUAUCAUUUUUUUAGUUUUAAGAUCUUUUUGAUUCUGGUCAGCCAGCCCAGCGACAGCAGCGGUGACGGCGGGCUCACUCUUGGUCUCUGUGAGACUGGCUAGACGGCCCCUAGUUUUAUCGUGGUACGAAUGUUGUGCAUUUGUUUAAAAUCAGGACAGUUUGCAAUAACAGCAGUCUUACUAGUGGCCACAAAGGGGCACAAGCAGUGCUGACAGGGCCCGGCUGCGUCUUUAGAAAACCAUAGAGGAAGAAAUAUAAACUAUAUAAAUAGAUAUAUAAACUCACACAGUGCAUAUUUGUAUAGGUAUCAACAAUGCAUUACCGUGGUAUACUCUUAUGCAACACAUGUCCGGGUUCAAUUUAUGAACAUGAAGUAUAUUAUAAAAUCACACAGACUUUGUAAAUCAGAAGCUAUGUUGUUGUGUGUUUUUUGCGAAAAUGGUUUUACCAUCCUCAAUGUUGAAUAUUCUGAGCGUUGCGUUCCUGUGUGACUGUGUUUGUUUAAAGUGAGCACAUAGCAGCGGGUUUUACCUUCUUCCUGUAAGCAGGGAACCAGACGUGAGCCAAAACACAGCUGGACCAGAUUUCAAAUGACAUGGAGCACAUUUAAAAAAUAUAUAUAUAUACAUUUCAUAGAAACGUGCACGGUUUUCCAAACAUCUGAGUGCGGUCUCAAACCAGACUUAAAUGUGUAUGCAUGUUUCGGACUGAGCUGUACAGCUUCAAAUACAUCCGUUGACGCAUUUUGCAAGCACGGGUUAAAACUUGCUUGAAGAACGUCCCUGCGUUAUCUCUGAAACUGCUCUGAAACUAAGACUGAAAUGAUAUAACAUUUGAAACCUUUUCCAGCUGUUUUGUGGUUCAGUCUGCAGGGAAAUAGUCCUCAUCAGCCGAGAGGGCAGAUUUUAUCGUAGAGAAACAGUGUUGAUCCAUGGUUCUGUUGUGGAGAAAAGGGAGGAUACAUCACAAAGCUCCAUGUAAAACCUCUUAACUGACAGAUGGCGUACACAUGAGGGGUCAACCUGCCGAAUGUUGAUUUGAAUUAAUGUUGAAUGAAUGCUUCUCUUCUUUUAGUCAGUGAAUAAAAGCAUUAAAAAGUC